CAGGCGCCGUGUAUGUUUACAAAUGGCUGACGUUGAAAAUUCGCAAAAUUGGGAAAAGAAUCGUCGUCAGUCGGGGGCCAGUGACAACAGUAUGACACAGUCGUUGCCACUGUUUGAUGCGCACAAAGUAGACGCUUCAAAAAGUAGAUUCCCCCACUGCGUAGUUUGGACCCCGAUCCCUAUGCUGACGUGGUUGUUCCCAUUCAUAGGUCAUAUGGGUAUUGCGACCACCUCGGGCGUCAUAAGGGAUUUUGCUGGACCAUACUAUGUGUCAGAAGACUGCAUGGCUUUUGGAAAUCCAACAAAGUAUUGGCAGCUCUCACUUGGGAAAGUGAAGAAUGGCAGAGAAAAUUGGGAUAGAUCUGUACAUGAGGCAUCUGAGGAAUAUAAAACAAGAAUGCACAAUCUCUGUUGUGAUAAUUGCCACUCCCAUUGUGCGUAUGCCCUCAACAGCAUGAACUACGAAGGCUCCUCAAACUGGAACAUGAUCAAGUUAUGCUUCUUGAUGCUGGUACACUCAAAAUAUGUCAGUUGUGCUGGAUUUGUGAAGACGUGGCUCCCAUUCCUCAUACUGGUGGCUAUCGUAAUUGUCACUGUGUGUGCAGUAGAACUAACAGGAAAGUCAUCUAAUCCCCACUAACUUUUGGAAACAUAUAAACGUUUGGAAUCAACGAAUUCUCUACUUUCUCUACUGUAACUAUAUGAUUGCCAUCAUCGAUCAAGCUUCAUUAUGGUGGAUAUUCAUAUGGUAUAUACCUUAGAAAGAAGACGUAAGAGUUGGACUCUUAUUUGACCCUAAAAUGCUUUAUGGGGAAAAUCCUUAAAGGAAUGACCAAGUAUGUGUCUGUUGGGUAACUAGCAGCAAUGUGAUAGCUUCGGCUACUUCCCCUCAGAAUCACUGUCUUUUCUCUCUCAAUUCAUAUCAUUUUUGGUACACAUACAUGUAUGUUGUAAAUAAUUGUGUUCACUAGUAUUGUAUGUGUAUAACUAUGUAAGAUAGAUCUAACAGCAUCCCAUCACAGCAUCACAUUGUGAAUAAUCAGGGGAUAUAGAUGGCAUAUCAGAGACAGGCGCACCCAAGUAAUAUUUGGAAGCGCUGUGGCACAAUGGAGGAGCAUCCGACUAGUGAUUGGGAGGGUCGUGGGUUCAAGCUUGGCCAGUGCGACUUGGUACUUUUAACUGGCCAGGUGUGGUGCAAUAUGUGCACUCCUUGAUUUCAACAAAUUAUCCUAGAUAUGUUUGGGGAAUGAAUUUAUGGUGUUUUGAGACACUACUUGUACAUAUUAUUUAUGUAUGGAAAUAAAACGCUAUUUAUAUGAAA